ACCACCUCAAAGGACAUCAGGCGUGCUUUUAUAUAACCUCAUCCCAGAUGCAUCAUUUGGAAACUCCUGACUUCAGUGACACCACUUGGAUCGUGGAAUUAUGACGAGACCUGUCGUGUUUCUCCUCCUGGUGGACUCGUGCCUGGCCGCGAUGCCGCCCGGCUUGACAAGCAGCUCCGGACUCACCGCGCACAGGCGCAAGGCCGGAGGACUGCCUCUCUUCAUGGUGCAGCUCUAUCGGACCAUGCUGACCGAGAACCGCGCCGGAAACAAGAGCUGGAUGGAGGACAAUCCCGGACUGCAGGACUCGGAUUAUGUGACCAGCCUUGUCGCUAAAAACUGUGAGCAGAGAGGUGACAGGUGGGCCAUCACCUUCGACAUGUCCUCCAUGUCCGCCGGCGACCACAUACAACAGGCAGAGCUUCGCAUCCGCCUCCCGGCCUUUAUUGAGUCCCCCGGAGCCUCGGUGGACGUAUACCACUCGUGUUCUGACGACAGCUGCUCCGGGGUAAAGGUUUUCCUGGGUAGCCUAAGGGCUCAUCACAGCUCCAUGAGAUCCUCCUCCUCCUCCUCCUGGAAGGUGUUCUCCAUAACCCGGUUGCUCCACCGCUGGCAGCAGCAGGAACCAUCCAAGCAUCAGCCGGAGGACGCUGAGCGGGAUCUGGAGGGAAUCCAGCACCUUACAACGAACCGGGUCAUGAUGGUUAUCUUCGCUAGGCAGAACCUCGACGGCCAGCGGAUGCCCACUCUCAUCCACACGGCCGUGCACUCCAAGUACGUGAGCCUGGACAGGGAGGCUGGCUCCAAGACGAAGCGCCACAGGACCAAAAGGUUCUCCCAGAAGCACCAGCGUGAAACGAGGCCCAUGGCGACGCUUGCAGGCAGCGAGAAAAAGGAGGGUCCUCUGUGCAGGAAGGUGGACAUGUGGGUGGACUUUAAGAAGCUGGGUUGGAGCCAGUGGAUGGUCUACCCAAAACGCUAUAACGCCUUCCGCUGCAAUGGAGCCUGUCCCACACCUGUAGACGAGAGCUUCAAGCCUACUAACCACGCCUACAUGCAGAGCCUGCUCAGGCUUCACCACGCGCACAAGGUGCCAUGUUUGUCCUGCACGCCUACCCGCCUGGCGCCACUCUCCAUGCUCUACUAUGAGAACGGGAAGAUGAUCAUGAGGUACCACCAGGACAUGGUGGUGGAGGAGUGCAGCUGCCACUGACCAAAGUCAAGAACGCGUCGGCGGCAUUUGUACAGAAUCAUAGACUCUCGAAAUGAUAUCGGUACUCUGUAUUAUAGAUUUAGGUGGCUUACAUUGUGCCAGUGCCAAAUGACACUAAACAAAAAGCACAGCAAUGUCACUGACUGAAGCACUAAAGUUGAUUUUAAUGCAUGAAAUCUACAUUUCGUCUUUUAAAUGCUACUGUAAUUGAUGUGUUAAUGCUUUAACUUUAUCGAGAUGUUUGGGUCACAUUGAGCCAUUUGUAUGUUUACACUCUACAGUAAAAUAAAUUAUUUCUUAUUUCCAAUAAAGUGUGUAUACGUCAUUGUUCAGUUCUAGCAACAU